AUGACAAAAGAUGAGACUCUACUAGUCUUCACUCUUGUGGUUUCCUCGGUUUCUAUUUUCUUAUUCGGGAUCUUGCUUUUCAUGGUUCUCAUCUCUGCAACUCGCGAUUUUCGCGAGAGAACCAAAUCCAAGUUGGUGAAGAUCAUGAUUUGGGCUGGCAUAGUAGUUAUUACCUUUGCAAUUGCGGUUCGAAUCUAUCCGAUCUUUAUCUUUUUGCUCAAAGAACGAAUAAAACCCCUUGUUGAAGCCCUUUAUGAUAAGCUUCCCUGGAUCUGGGAAGUUUCUCUUUCACGGUAUUGGGAUCGUUUGAUCGAUUUCCUUGAUCGCUACUUAUGGGCGUGCGCUCAAAGGAUACAAACAGGGAUUCGCAAACAAAAAGGGGAAGGGAAUUCGUAG